AUGGCUGCCGCAACGGUCCACGUCACGAAUAUCGCCUCCGCGACCAGCGAUGAGGAGGUCAGGAACUUCUUCAGCUUCUGCGGCAAGAUUGCCGACUUCAAAGUCGCUACCGAGGGCGACUCCAAGUCCGCCGACGUCACCUUUGAGAAGGAAACGGCCAUGAAGACGGCCCUCCUCCUCAACAACACCCAGCUUGGACCGAACCACAUCUCCGUCACCGGCUCCGGCAGCACCACCGAUGACGAGGGCCACCACGACGCCAAGGUGGACCGCGACUCGGACGACAUCACGCAGGAGGAGAAGCCCCGCGCUCGCAUCCUCGCCGAGUAUCUCGCUCACGGAUACGUCGUUGGCGACGCCGCCAUCGAGCACGCCAUCGAGCUGGACACCAAGCACAACGUGUCCCACCGCUUCCUCAGCACCAUCCAGAGCAUCGACCAGAAGUACCACGCGACCGACCGCGCCAAGGCCGCCGACACCAGCUACGGCAUCUCGCAGCGCGCCAACAGCCUUCUCACCGGCAUCGGCUCCUACUUUGAAAAGGCUAGCAACCACCCCACGGGCAAGAAGAUUGCCAAGUUUUACACCGACAGCUCGCGCCAGGUGCAGGACAUUCACGCCGAGGCCAGACGUCUCGCCGAUCUGAAGAAGCAGGAGCACGGUGGGAGCGCUUACAAGGCCGCCGGGCUGGAGAGGGUUUUUGGCAAGGAGGCCCCCAAGGAGUCUGCUCCCACGGCUGCGCCUACUGCGACUGCUACCGCUACCUCUGGAGGCGCGCCAGCUACAACCACCCCGGCUGCUGUGGCACCUACCGAGGCCAUUCCCGCUACGAAGCCUGUAGAUGAAAAGACGGGUUAG